GGAGAAAAAGUUCGGAUUCGGGGCAGCCCUGGCUGUGGCGCUAGUUUACCGAACGCUGAUCCUAGCGCAUCGCCUGAAUCCCAGCCCCAAUGGACCCCAGAACGUGUCCGGAUACUCUAGUGCCCGCCCACGGUCCAGCAUCCGACAUUCGAUUAACAAGCCUGUUUGGUGUCUUUUCUUACAUGUCUUAUCAUCCUUCUUUGUAACACAGCUUCAUCAUGUUCCAGCGCAUUCGAGGGGCGAUAGACGCGAUUGCUGAGGAACAGGCCCGCCAGAAAGCCGUCCAGCAAGCCGCCCAGCAGACCAGACCUUCGCGAUCCAAUUCGGCUACAGCACGGCGCUCCAAUUCCCGUAAUCUAUCGCCCUCGAAACGAACAGCAAGAUCCAAAGAUGGCGACAGCAGCAAAGCCGCGCCCGCUGGAAAGGGCCCCGAUCCCUCUGAAUUCGACCCGGACUUUGUCAUAGGCGAAGAUGAGGAACAACCAAGCCGAGCUACCACACCGCGCCCUAAGAAAAAGGCGCCAGCAGCCGAUGCCACGACUGAGAACGGCGAUGAUAAGAAGGAGGAGGCGCAGGUCGCAGAAGGGGAGGCGCAUGUAGAGGCAGAGGCGCAAGAGAAGCCGGAACAGCCACCAGAAAUCCCGCCAGAGAUCAAGCUGCGGCUCCGUAGAUUGGACAAACUGGAACCCAAGUACACUGAGUUACUCCGGUCGUACCGCAUCGCACACGCUAGAGUUGGCGCAAUCGAGGCGUUUGAGAGUUCCCUGCGCGAAUACACUCCUCUUACUUCUAUCAGCGAUGCCAGCGCAUUUGUGGAAUAUCUAGGUCAACUAAACGUCAAAAGCGACAUGCUUAUGGAGGAGCUCAAGCGCGUAUCUAGGGAGCGUGAUGAGCUCAACAAGAAGCUUGAGGAUGCCGAGAAACGCGCAAAGGAGGCGUCUGAAGAGGUGGAAACACUCAAAUCACAGGCGCAAACAAGUAACGAGAAUCAACAAGACAGCUCCACUACGCAGACCGAUUCAGCUACACCCUCGUCGCCAUCAAAAGAAUCCAAGCAGACGGAGACCACUGAAGAAAGCGAAGACUUCUUCUCGUACGACAGUGAAUUACCUCGCGUGCAAGUGCAACUACAAGAGACCGAGGCAAAGAUGGAGAAGCUCGAAGAGGAGAACGAGUCGCUCAAGAACGAACUUUUGACAGCACAGGAAUCAGCACAAUCCUUUAUGCAGAAUCUGGAGACGACGACCAAUGAUCUGAACACGUUCAAGGACACGCAUCAGCGCCUGCAGCGCGAGGCGGAAGAGCGUGAAAAGGGGCUGAACAGCAACAUUGAUGAACUCAAGGCAAAGGUCACUUGCGCAGAGGAGGAGCUCGAAAAGCACAAGGAAUCGCAUGGUGAGAGUGAAAAAACCAUCAGUGAUCUCAAGAAGAAGCUCGAGGCCACAACCAAGGAGUUGGAAGACUUGCACGCUGAGAAGGGAGAGAAGAUUGUGGAAGAGGACCAAGUCGAAUCUUUACAGCGCCGCAUUGAAGAGCUAGACAGCGAGCUUUCGCAAUUGCGUGACAAGCAUGCAAAGAGUGAGAAAAAGAAUGAGACGAUAAGCAGCUUGCUUGACAAGGUGCGCGAACAAUUAAAGGCGGCAGAAUCUAAGCGUGAUAGCGCUCUGGUUGAACUCGAGCAGGCAAAGCACGAUCUUGAGAAGAAUAACCUUGACAAGGCAGAUGCUAAGCCGGCAUCUAUCAAGGUAGAACCAGCACCCUCAUCUCCAGCACUACCUUCUCCGGCAGCACCGCUCAGUGCUUCUGCCAAGAAGAGGAAUCGCAACAAGAACAAGAAGAAGGGUGCAAAGGGGUCGGAGGGGACUGGAGCCGUGACCCCCGAAGCAACACCAAGCGAAGCAGGGGACAAUGACGGGCUGCUUAGUCCUCGGGAUGCAGAGUUUUCGCCGUCGCAGCUGGAGGAGGCACUGAAGAAUGUGGCGCAGCUCAAGUCAGAACUGGAGGAAAAGACGGUGGAGAUUGAGAAGCUCCAGGAUGAAGUUUCCGAGAAGACGUCGUCGAUUGAGUUGCUCAAGAAGAAGGCAAAGGAUCAAGAAGAUAUGCAGGAAGAGAUUGAUAUCGUCACAGCAAGAACGAGAAGCGCUGACUGCUGAGUUUGCGGAGCUCAAAUCCAAGGCUGAAUCACUGCAAACGGAUCUAUCAAUUGCGGAGAAGCUUGCUGCAUCUCGCUUCAAGGACCUGACGGAGAUGCGAGAGGUGUUGCAGAAGGCACAACCCGAGCUAACAUCUCUGCGCAAAGAAGUCGCCGAGCUGCGAAGCACUAAAGACGAACUGGCAACCAAGACAAGUGAAGUUCGCAAGCUAGAGGGCCGCGAGAAAGACCUCCGGUCGGAGAUUGCCGAAUACAAGUCGCAAUUGUCGAGCAAGGAGAGUGACAUCAAAUCACUCAAUGACAAGAUGA